UGUCUGUGGGGACAGAGACGGUGGAAGUGCCCUCUUCGGCUCGGUUGGCCCAGAUUGCGGCUCAUGGCAUUGAGUGGCAUCCAUCGUCAGAUCAUUAACUGAAGAAAAAAUAAACAGCCAUGCAAAAUUCUCACAUGGAUGAGUACAGAAAUUCCAAUAAUGGCAGCACAGGCAACAGUUCAGAGGUAGUGGUAGAUCAGUCUACUGAUUUCAGUACUGAGAUUAUGAAUGUUACAGAAAUGGAACAGUCACCUGAUGGAUCUCCUAAUGUGAAUACAACUACGGAAGAAAAUGAAAUAGCAAAUACUGUGGACCUUCCAGUGACAGAAACAGAAGCAAAUUUCCCUCCAGAAUAUGAAAAGUUUUGGAAAACUGUAGAAAGUAAUCCUCAGGAUUUUACAGGCUGGGUAUAUUUGCUUCAAUAUGUAGAACAGGAGAAUCACUUGAUGGCUGCCAGGAAAGCGUUUGACAAAUUUUUCAUACACUAUCCGUACUGCUAUGGUUAUUGGAAAAAGUAUGCAGACCUCGAAAAGCGGCAUGACAACAUUAAACAAUCAGAUGAGGUGUAUCGCCGGGGGCUUCAGGCAAUACCUCUUAGUGUUGACCUUUGGAUACAUUAUAUAAACUUCUUAAAAGAAACAUUGGACCCUGGUGAUCCUGAGACAAACAGUACAAUAAGAGGAACUUUUGAGCAUGCUGUUCUAGCUGCAGGAACAGAUUUCCGAUCUGACAGACUCUGGGAAAUGUAUAUAAACUGGGAAAAUGAACAGGGAAACCUGAGAGAAGUUACAGCUAUAUAUGAUCGUAUUCUUGGUAUUCCAACACAGCUGUAUAGUCAUCAUUUUCAGAGAUUUAAAGAACAUAUACAGAAUAACCUACCUAGAGAUCUUCUAACUGGUGAACAGUUUAUUCAGCUGCGAAGGGAAUUAGCUUCUGUAAAUGGGCAUAGUGGUGAUGAUGGUCCUCCUGGUGAUGAUCUACCGUCAGGAAUUGAAGACAUAACUGAUCCAGCAAAGCUAAUUACUGAAAUAGAAAACAUGAGACAUAGAAUCAUUGAAAUUCAUCAAGAAAUGUUUAAUUAUAAUGAACAUGAAGUUAGUAAAAGGUGGACAUUUGAAGAAGGUAUUAAAAGACCUUAUUUUCAUGUGAAACCAUUGGAAAAGGCACAACUGAAAAACUGGAAAGAAUACUUAGAAUUUGAAAUUGAAAAUGGGACUCAUGAACGAGUUGUGGUUCUCUUUGAAAGAUGUGUCAUAUCAUGUGCCCUCUAUGAGGAGUUUUGGAUUAAGUAUGCCAAGUAUAUGGAAAAUCAUAGCAUUGAAGGAGUGAGGCAUGUCUUCAGCAGAGCUUGCACAAUUCAUCUCCCAAAGAAACCCAUGGUGCAUAUGCUUUGGGCAGCUUUUGAGGAACAGCAGGGUAAUAUUAAUGAAGCCAGGAAUAUCUUGAGAACAUUUGAAGAAUGUGUUCUAGGAUUGGCAAUGGUUCGUUUGAGAAGAGUAAGUUUAGAACGACGGCUUGGAAAUAUGGAAGAAGCUGAACGUUUGCUUCAGGAAGCCAUUAAAAAUGCCAAAUCAAAUAAUGAAUCAUCAUUUUAUGCUAUCAAACUAGCCCGGCAUCUUUUCAAAAUACAAAAAAACCUUCCAAAAUCAAGAAAGGUGCUUUUGGAAGCUAUUGAAAGAGACAAAGAGAACACAAAGUUAUACCUCAAUUUACUUGAAAUGGAAUAUAGUGGUGACCUCAAACAAAAUGAAGAAAAUAUCCUAAAUUGUUUUGACAAAGCUAUACAUGGUUCAUUACCUAUGAAAAUGAGAAUUACAUUUUCUCAGAGAAAAGUGGAAUUUCUUGAAGAUUUUGGUUCAGAUGUUGAUAAGCUUCUGAAUGCUUAUGAUGAACAUCAAACACUCCUAAAAGAACAGGAUUCUUUAAAAAGGAAAGCAGAAAAUGGAUCAGAAGAACCAGAGGAAAAGAAAGCACACACAGAAGAUACAACUUCAUCAUCUACACAGAUGAUUGAUGGUGAUUUACAGGCAAAUCAAGCUGCAUAUAAUUAUAGUGCCUGGUAUCAAUACAAUUAUCAGAAUCCUUGGAAUUAUGGACAGUAUUAUCCUCCCCCUCCAACCUGAUGGGAAAAUUAAAUAUCAGAUGGAGUGUGUGAAAAGUUUGAAAUUAUUUUUUUUUAAUGAGGGAUGUAAACAUAGCAUAAGCUUGUUGUAUUUGAUAACUUGUCUUCCUUGUUUCUGUGUAACAUGAUUUGUUCAGUAAUAGGGGAAAAUGUCACUUAGUAGCUUACCACAGAUACUAUUUCCUACCAUUUAUAAAAUUUACUUUUUAUUGGAGAACUAUUUUUUUGAUUUUUGCAUUAAGUGGUCUAGAAUUCUUUUGCAAUGCAUUUGCAACAGAGUUUUGUAGCCUUAAGGGUAGGGGAAAAAAACUGACUGCAAAUCAUGUCAGUGUAGUACAAGACUCUGAAAAUACAUAAGGGCUGGUUAUUAAGGAUUUACCUCCUCCUUAAAAAAAAAUGGCUUUUUAACCUUUGCUGACAAGAUAUUGUCUGUGUGGUUCAAUUAUCCUUGUGAAUUUGGAUCGAACAGCAGAAGAUACCUAUUAAAAUAUUGUCUUGGCAUAGAGAUUAUAAAUGAGGAAAUGGAAUGUUUGCAUCCCUUUAAAAAAAUGAAAAUCAUAUCAAAACUGUUGUUUCAGGAGACUUUGUAU